GCUGCCGACGUUGUGGUCCUGAACAAAACUGACCUGGCGACGAAAGAGCAGUUGGAUGCAACUCGGGCAGUGGUCAAGGCCAUCAACAAAAAGGCUGCCAUCAUUGAGACAACGUUUGGCAAAGUCACCCUCAGUGAGGUGUUGGAGGCGGUGAGUCAUCAGGAAGAGACAGCUCAUGAUCAACACGAGCACGCUCAUGAAGAGCACGCUCAUGAAGAGCAUGGCCACGCAGAACACGGCCACGAAGGCAAAGCGGAACAUGGGGAUCAUGGCCAUGAAGAGGCCCACAGCCAUGAGGAUUGUGGACAUGCACACAGCCAUGCCAGCAAUUGCAGUGACCCAGAGUGCACUGAUGCCAGCCAUGGCCACAGUCACAGCCACAGCCACGAAGAUGACUGCAGUGAUCCAAACUGCACAGACUCCAGCCACGAGCACGGGCAUUCCCACAGCCACAGCACAACAACUGCUGAGGAGCGCUUUGGCAUUACCUCUUUCACAUACACCGCGCGGCGGCCUCUCAGUGAAACACGAUUCACACAGGCAUUGCAGAAGUGGCCGAUUCCGAAACACACCGAUCUGCGGCUGUUGCUGGCUGGCGAUGAUAAUACUACAAAUCACCCAAUGAAUAGAGUGAUUCGCUCAAAGGGCUUUUGCUGGUUGGAGACGCAGCCAUCCACUCGCGUCUAUUGGAGCCAUGCAGGAAGAGAUAUGCAGUUGAACUACAGUGGCCUUUGGUGGGGUGCCAUGUCGAAGGAUCAGGUCAACAUUAUGAAAAAAAUGGCCGCAAGCGAGUAUGAGAGAGCUCUUCGCGAGGACUGGGAUGAGGAGUGGGGUGACCGGCGGCAAGAGAUUGUGUUUAUUGGCCAGCGGUUGGACGAGGCGGCCAUCCGCGAGAUGCUGGACGAAUGUCUCCUCACGGACGCAGAGAUGCUGUCCUACAAGAAGAAGCAAGAUGCAGCGAUGAAGGACAUGGGCCUCUGGGCUUCAGAGCCGAUCUACCAAGAUGCUGGCGAGAUUGAGUGA